AUGGCCUUUGUCCUGGACGGUCUGCAUGAAGACUUGAAUCGGAUCAAGAACAAGCCCUACUUUGCGGAUAAUGACGAGGACGAAAAUAAGUCUGACGAGGAGUUGGCCAAGCUGCAGUGGGAUCAGUACAAAGCACGUAACGACAGCAUCAUCGUCGACAAGAUCCACGGGCAAAUCAAGAGUACUUUGACCUGUCCCACAUGCAUGAAGAUAUCCAUCAAGUUCGACCCGAUCUGCUUCCUUUCCCUGCCGCUGCCCAUCCCUGAGAAGCAAUUUGAGCAAAUGUUUUUGUUGAUGCAGCCUGACAAGAAAUGGGCUCUGUUCGCCAUGAAGGUCACCAGGAGCACCACCGUUCCCGAGGCCACAAAAAUCAUCCAAGACGAUCUGGCGAAGAGCAUUGAAUACAAGGAAAAACCGAUUGUCCUGUGGAAGAUGGACGAGCGUCAGAACGUCCAGUUCCUUCGUGCCGACGACACGGUGGCCAUCAAUAAUUCCAACGAACGCCCCGUUACUUUGCCCUACGUGUUCGCUAUCAGCCCGGGCGUCGAAAUCAAUAGGGAGUGGGUUGACAAUGUGGCGAUGCCGACGAUCCGUAGCGAAUUCUUCAAGGAUCCGCAGCUGGUGCAUGACGCAGACGAAGGAGUCCCUUAUGAGAUCUUUUUCGAGACCCCCGAGGGCCUCUCGCCGUUGAACGAAGAAAGCAUCCGCGGGGUCUCCGUGACGACUUUGGUGAUCCGUUGGCAGAAUCCGCAAAUCUUUAAUGGGAAAGAUGGCAAGGCCCUCGUCGAUCGUCAGUGCAGGGUCCCUGUGCCGACGCUGAUAACGCUGAAGGAUUGCAUCGACUUGUUCACCAAGGAUGAGAAAUUGAGCGAGAACGACAGUUGGUACUGCCCUCGCUGCAAGGAGCAUAAGCGUGCUACGAAGCGUCUUGACCUCUGGAAGUUGCCUGAUGUGCUCAUCAUCCACCUCAAGCGCUUCAUCUACGACCGGUGGCAUCGCGAGAAGAUUGGGAUUCAAGUGCAGAUCCCGUCUCGGGGUUUGGAGUUGAACGACAAAUUGGCAAAUGACAAGCACGAGCAUGUCCAAUAUGACCUCAUCGGAAUGUCCCAUCAUUAUGGAGUGCUGGCCGGCGGGCACUACAAGGCCACCGGAUUGAAUCCCAAUGGGAAAUGCUUCCGUGACGAGUGUCCGAUGCGUGCCGGCGUCGCUCCGCCCUGUCCCACCACGGCAACGUCGAUGAGCAGCUCCGGCCAGUCGAUCACCAUCCAGCCCUCAUGCCAGACGCCUUCGUCGGCACGUUCGCACGGCCACACGCAACGGAUCCACGGACACAGCGAUCGUGGCCCCUACAAGCAGACGGUUCGUGAGCUCGACGUCAUCGAUACGGAAUACGCGGGCGAGGACGCCGCUAAGAAAGUGCCGAUUGUCGAGAAGCCGCUGGGGUUCGAGGCGAUCAGCCGGCAGAUGCGGGACCUCACUCUGCAGAUUGACUCGGUGGCCGCUGAAGUGACCAGCCUGACCAAGGGACUCAAAAUCACCGAGCGAAACCAUUUCGCUGGCGGAGACACAGCUUGGGAAGAGAAGAAUCUCGGCAAAUAUGCAACGAGUGAGACGCGUUUGAUCGAGGCUUUGGAAGGAGUUUGUAAAAAGUCCACCCUUGCUUCUACCGACAGCUAUAUCAGUGUGAAAGACCUCGAAUUCAAGUGCGCUCAUUUGAUGGAGGAGAGCGAAGAGCUCGUGGAGAAGUGGUACUAUAAGAAUCAGGAGAAGGAAGAGAAUCGAGUGGAUUGCGCUGAAUGCUACGGUGGUUGUAACGGAUGCACCGGACCGUUAGCGACAGAGUGCACCGAAUGCCGGGUCGGUUUUGAGCGUGAUUCGAAGAACGCUUGUGUUGAUGUGGACGAAUGUGCUAAACCCGAACUCCAUGCUUGCACCAAGGCUAAUGAAGUUUGCAUCAACGACAUCGGCAGCUACAAGUGCGAUUGUGCGGACGGGUACAAGAAAAACGAUGUCACCAAGGAGUGCGAGCUGAAUAUACUAGCGCCACCCCAACAACCGCUGAUCCGCCCUAACCUGCUACUGCGGCUGGAUCGUGUUUUUGGCGACAUUUCGCAGACGCUUGAUGAAUCUGACCCGAUCCUGGUGAAAGCGGACGGGUACCCGACCUAUCACUUUGCGAAUAUCAUUGAUGAUCGGUUGAUGAAAAUCUCGCACGUGAUUCGCGGCAUGGAAUGGUUAUCUAGUACUGGCAAACACGUGCUUUUGUACAAAACAUUCGGAUGGGAGCCACCCGCCUUUGUGCAUUUGCCUCUGUUGACAAGAGAUGGAAAACAAAAGCUCUCGAAGAGACAUGCCGACGCCUUCGUCGAUUACUAUCAUAAAGAGAAGGGCUUUCUGCCCGUGGCUGUGCUGAAUCUACUGAUUCGCAAUGGCAGCGGAAUCAAAAAUUUCGACUCCAACCAUCUAUAUACCUUGGAAGAAAUGGUGACAUCAUUUGAUGCUUCGCUGAUUGGGAAACGUAAUUUACAGGUAGAUCCCAGCAGCCUUGAGCACUACGGCCGUCUCGCGUUCCAGAAUUCUCCAAUUAAUCAGUUGAUCCCAUUGAUCCGUGAUCGCGUCGCAAAUGACUUGCCUGGCUGUGAGAGCGUUUGCGACGACCCGGUCUACAUGGAGAAGGUGCAUGUUUGGAAACCGGCUGCUUCGCGUUUGGAAUCUGCCGAAAUCUUUGUUGUCUGCGAGAAGUACUCGAAGCCCGACAAAGUAGAUCCCGAUUUGCUGAAUGUGAAGAAGGUGUUCCUCGAACCGAACUUGGACCCCGCCAAGCCCAACAGCCAAGCUCUCCUUUUGAACAAGAAGACGAAAAAGGCGCGUGCCGAGGGCUAUGCUGAAAGCGAUGGACUGACCCUGCAUAAGACUAUUGAUGCCACUACGUUCGUUCACUCCUCUUCCGCCCUGGAUCUGCUUGCUCAAACGAGCAGCAUCAAGCUCGACCAACCGAAGUGGAGCGAAGCACCGGAAACGACGGACGAGGUCAAAGAAUGCCUCAAGGACAUUAAACUCUGCGGUCCACGCGAACUGCGCAUCCUGCUCAAGUGGCGAAAGAAGAUGUUGGACAUGGUGCAUGCCGCUGAAGAUGCGGAUGUGGACAUGGAAGCUACUGAACCACAACCGUUAUCUGCCGAAGACCUAGAAGAUCAGGAAUUGGCCAACAUCGAAGCUGAGAUCGCGCGCGCCAGUGCCGAGGAGAAAUCCGAAUUGAAGAAGAAAAAGAAGAAAAUGCUUCGCGAAAAGGCUAAGGUGCUGAAGCGCAAGCAGCUGAAGAUGAUCCACGGAGACGAUCCAGGAAUUUUUGCGGAGAUGCCAGAUUUAUUCGCCCUAAAGAAUAUCAAGAAGGGAAGCCUGGCAACUUUAACGGAUGAGGCUGUGCCGGAUAUCUCAAACAUCGAAGACGAUGAGUAUGGACUUGGCGAGGGCGAAUGGGAAGAACACGGAGACGAAGCUGAUGACAAUGACGCGGCAGCGGAUGCUGAUGACGACGAUAAUGAACUAAUUCACACGGAACAGUCCUUGAUGACUCCGGAUGAGAGGAAGAAAGCGACAGUUAGGGAAUGGAAAAAUCAGCCACUUAUCAAAGAAUUGCUGUCAUCAGACGACUCCGACGAUGAACUUGAUGCGGUCGAAAAAUAUAUGAGAAAGAAGGGGACUCUUCAAGAAAAUACAGUUUCUUUCGAAGCAACAAAACCUAAUAAGACUGUGGAGAAGUUUGGAGACGAAGAUGACGAGAAGGUUGAUGGCACCACAUUGUUCGACGCUGAAAUGGAAAGCGAAGAAGAAUACGAAGAUGAGGACAAAAGGGUCGCCAAAAGGAAAAAGGAAGAGAAGAAGAAUAAAAAGGAAGCGGCUGCGAAAAAGAGAAAGCUGACCCCAGAAGAAUUAGCACUUGGCGAACAGCUGAUAUACUCCACGAAGACUCGACGUGAUCUCGAAGAUUGGGGCUGGCAUCGUUUUUCGAACAAUGACGAAAAUCUGCCGGAUUGGUUCGUGGAGGACGAGCAGAAGCACUACAAAAAGGACCUGCCGGUCACCAAGGAGCAGGUCAAAUUCUACAAGGAAAGGAUGAAGGAGAUCAAUGUUCGCCCAAUCAAGAAGGUGGCCGAAGCCAAAGCCCGAAAGGCUAGACGCGUCACUCGGCGUUUGGAGAAAGCGAAAAAGAAGGCCGAAGCCGUCGUCGAGAAUGAGAACCUCGAACACUCGGAGAAGGUUCGCGAGAUGAAAAAGAUCUACCGCAACGCAAACAAGAAGGAGGAUAAGAAGAAGAACGUGGUCGUGGUCACGAAGUCGAAUCGCGGUCGCAUGUCCCGACCGAAUGGGCGCUACAAGACAGUCGAUGCCCGAAUGAAGACCGAAUUGAGAGCCCAGAAGGCCAAAGACAGACGCAGCGGCGUCAAGGGCAAGCGCGGUGGUGGACGCGGGAAGGGACGUCGU